GUUAGUUUUUGUGAGCAGCUUUGUAACCAAGUACUGUCUGUGAGUGUGGGGUAGCUUUGGGACUCUUUGAAUUUCUAAAAAAUCUAAAAAAUAAUUAUUAUUGACAUAUUUAUUGGAAAUAUUAAUUUCUCAAUUAUUGCUGUUAUCAAUUUAAAUUGAUAUAUUCCAAAAAAUACUAUAUUGGCCAGAAGUCACAUCCAUUUCCUUAAAGAAAGUGGCAGCUUCAGUUCAAAAGAAGGAUUCAAUUCAAGAUGAAGACACCGCCACAAAAACGAAAACAACAGGCUGAGGUGGAAAAGAUUCGUUUGCGAAGUGCCUCACAUGAAAGUUUACACAAUCAAGAAGUGGACGACAUACCGUCUUCCUACGAAGAGGAAGAAGAAGAUGGACAGGAGGAGGAAUAUCAGCCUGAAGAGGAGCCACAACGGCCAGUGGCCAAACAACGAGGCCGUCCACGUAAAAAGCCCAUACAAGAAAAUGUACAAAAAUAUUCUCCCCCGCCUACAACACCCAGCAAGAGACGUCGCCGUGAUUUGGCCACAUCAACGGGACACAAUAAAAUACAAGCUGAAUCAUUUGUUAUGAAACUAUUCGAUCGCACCUUAGAUCUAUCAAAAUAUACCGAACAAACUGCCCUCUAUCCCAUAUGCCGGGCAUGGAUGGCUAAUCAGCCACGUAAUCCGAAUAUACCAAGUUAUCGUGAAACCCGAUCUCCAUCACCAGCCCACCGCGAAGAUAAUGGUUUGGAAUUGGUGACACAACUGAGAAAAGGCUAUAUCAAGGAGGUGACAAGUUUGCCAAAGCCCAAAGAAACUGACUUGCCAAAAAUAGCACCACAACAGGAGCCCAAAAGAUAUAGCGCCCAUGAGGAUUUGGUAACACCCGACGAUCCAACAAAAUACGCCAGUAAAUCAGAGAUAUUGGGAGAACAUUUAGGCAAAUGGAAGCGCAUAAAAAGCGAUUGGCAAAAACACAACAAACGCUAUCAGCAAAGAAACAACAUCAAUUUCUAUUUAUUGCAGGAGUUGUUUAAACCUUAGAUGUAAUGCAUGAUUUUUCAUAUUUGCUUUGUUUAUAUUUAUGUUGGCAUGUAGUUUUGAUUUUAUUAUUCAUUUUAUAAAUGAAAAUAAAAUAAAUAGCUGGAAAAUAAUGCUUGCAAAUUAAAUUGAAAA